AUGGCCCUCUGCUGCCCGCUGCCUGCUGUUGUGCAGAAGAACCCAGCUAACGUCCAGCUUACGGCCACCGGUCAGUCCGAGCUGCCGACUUCGCCCAAGCACCAAGUGUACGAGCAGGCCCUCGAGCUCUUCAAUCGAGCCAAGCUCGACACCGAUGCCGCUGCCCUUUCUCGCGCCCUCUCCCUCUUCUACGAGGCCGCCCGCGCCGGCAACGAAUACGCCCUGUUCACCCUCGCCGAGUUGCAUGAGUUCGGCGAGGUGGAGCACGUGCCGCGUAACCUAACAGCGGCGGUGUACUACCACAAUGCCUCGGCGAGCCGGGGCAAUCCCACGGCGCAGAAGUCGCUGGCCUUUUUCUACGACACGGGUAAAGAGGUCCCCGUCAAUCGGGCUCUCGCCUUCCUCUACUAUGACUUUGCAGCGCAGGGAGGCGAGGUAGAGGCCCAGAUCACUAUGGGCUACAAGCACCUCUUUGGCCAUGGCACCCGCAAGGAUUGUGGCCGCGCGGCCGACUAUUACGGCACUGUGGCGCAACUAAUUGCCGAGGAAGUGGCGGCCAGUGGUCUGCGCUACGGGACUGAGACGCACCGAUUGGUGAACAACGACGACGCGGUUUCCUACACGGAGGAAGAGGACGUGGUGCAGUACUGGAAAUACUCUGCCGAGACGGGAGACCCCUCGGCACAGGGAGCCUACGGCGUCGAACAGAACUACGAGUUGGCGCGAGAGUAUUUCGCGCUCGCCGCCGAACAAGGCGACCUCGGUGGCCUCACCAACAUGGGCUUCCUCUACGCCAAGAAAGAAAGAAAGCUGAAGCUGAAGCUGUAUCGCGAGCAGGGCUACGGAGUGGAGCAAAACAACAAAACGGCCUUCCAGUACCUGCAGCAGGCGGCCAGUCAAAACCACCCGUAUGCGCAAGCCCUGCUCGGGUACAUGUACCUCCACGGCAUGGGUGUGGAGAGGAACGUCAAGGAAGCCGUCAACUACUUCUGGAAGUCUGCCGAGCAGGGCAACAGUGACGGCAUCCUCCACCUGGCCAACUGCUACUUCUAUGGCGAGGGCGUGACGCAAGAUUACGGCAAGGCACUGCAGUACUACUUGGCCGCCACGGAGGGCGGCAACCUGGUGGCCCACUUCAACCUCGCUCAAAUGCACCGCUUCGGUGUCGGAGCAAAUCGUAACUGCCACGUGGGGGUCAGUCUGUACAAGAAACUGGUGGAAAGAGGGCCGAUCAACGACCUCCUGGCCGAGGCCUACGCUCUCUAUGAGGAGGGCGAUGUGGAUGCAGCCCUCUACCGCUACGAACUCGCUGCCGAGAUGGGGGUCGAGAUUGCGCAGAGUAACGCCGCUUGGCUGUACGAUCACGGCUUCGGUGAAGGUGACGACGCCUUCAAGCGGCAGAAGGCCUUUGACUACUACGGCAUGGCGGCAGAGCAGAAGAACCCGCUGGCGCACCAAAAGAUGGGCGACUUCUACUACUACGGCCUGGGCACCCAAGUCGACCAGAGCAAGGCUGCCGCCUACUAUCGGGCGGCCAGCGACCUGCGGGACGCGCAAGCCACCUUCAACCUGGGCUACAUGCACCAGCACGGCAUCGGCCUGCCCCAGGACCUCCAUUUGGCAAAGCGCUUCUAUGACUUGGCGUACGAGAUCAACCCGGACGCCUACGUGGCGUGGGCGCUGGCGCUGGCUUCGAUUGGCGCGCACCUCGCUGUGGACUAUCUCCUUCGUGGCGAUGCGUCGUUCCUCUUCGGUUUUAACGUCGACGUGGAAACGUUCGCCCUCGUCGGUCUCUCCGUCCUCUUGGUUUUUGCCGUCGUUGCCCGCCAGUACGUGGUUCUGGUGCAAGAGGAGCGCCGCCGCCGCCGGACACUGCACCCCCACCAGGACUAG